GAAGGGUUUUAACGACUUCCGCUUUUCCGGCCGUGUUCCUGGUACGAAAAGCGACUGAAACUAUUGGCGGCAUGCGGGGACCGGUAGUAGGUUCGGGGCUCUCCGGUGAGCGGGGGUUGCCGGAGCAGGAGGCUGGCGCGGACUCGGAGGUGGCGGAACUGCUGCCCUUCCUGGUGCUCGGAGCACGAGCAGACCUGCAGACGGCCGCGGCGCAGCACGUGCUGGCGCUGACUGGUGCGGGCUCGGGCCGCAUGCUGUUGGCAGGCCAGCCGGCGUUGUUGCGGGCUCUGGUCGACCUUGCGGUGGCUCCAGCCCCAGCCCCUUCCCGCGAUGCCUCCCGCGCACUUGUGAACUUGGCUGCUGAUCCCGGUGUGCACUGGCAGCUGCUGGCGGCGGACCCGGAGCUGCCUGCCCGCCUGCUGCGCUGUGUGUUGGACCCUCAGUGGCCCUGGGCUGAAGAGGCGGCUGCAGUGUUGGCCAACCUGAGUCGCGAGCCGGCUCCGUGUGCUGCCUUAAUGGAGAAGCUGAUGGCCGCUGAGCCGGAGCGGCUGGGUCUGGAGCGGCUUGUCAACGCGCUGUGCGUGCCUAGCUACAACGCGGCGGCACCCCUGCAUUACCUGGGACCGCUGCUCUCCAACCUUAGCCAGCAGGCGGAGGUGCGUGCUUUUCUCCUGGACCCGGACAGGUGCGUGGUCCAACGGCUGCUGCCUCUUACCCAGUACACAGACUCUUCCGUGCGCAGGGGUGGGGUAGUGGGAACACUUCGGAAUUGCUGUUUCGAACAUCGACACCAUCAGUGGUUACUUGGUGCCCAAGUUGACAUUCUCCCCUUCUUGCUACUGCCCUUGGCUGGGCCUGAAGAGUUUUCGGAGGAAGAAAUGGACCAGCUGCCUGUGGACCUGCAGUACUUGUCACCAGACAAGCAACGGGAGCCGGAUGCUGACAUCCGAAAGAUGCUCAUUGAAGCCAUCAUGCUGCUGACAGCCACUGCGCCUGGUCGGAAGCAGGUACGGGACCAGGGUGCUUACUUGAUCCUUCGAGAGCUACACAGCUGGGAACCAGAGCCUGAUGUGCGAAUGGCUUGCGAGAAGCUUAUCCAGGUGCUCAUUGGUGAUGAGCCAGAGGCUGGCAUGGAAAACCUGCUGGAGGUGCAGGUACCUGAAGAUGUGGAACGACAGCUACAGGAGCUAGACCAGCAAGAGCAGCAGGAGCUUGCUCAAGAGCUAAGAGGCAAGGGUGCCCCACAGACCUGAAGCCCCUUUGGCCUGAAUGCCAGCUUCAAACCCACCUUUGCCAGUGUUCGCACAGAGCUCUAGGGUAAAUGCCCAUUAAAUGUUGAGAAGCUCAAGGAUACUACCCAGUCCUGUGCCCUGUUGCAACCAGCAGUAAUGCACGUUGUUCAGAGCUGCACUAUUGAGCCAGAGCUGGCCCUGUCCUGUGUCACAGUUGCCACAGAUGAGGUGGGAUGCUGGUCGUCACUGGAGCUAUGAGGAGCCUAUUCCCAGACAGUGAUAGGACUGGACUGAAAAUACUGCAAGCCCUGGGAAGCCAACGAGUUUUUCAUUCCUGAAGGCACUGAAGGGGUCUGGACAUGGGUAGGCUUAGAGAUAUAAAGAGUGCUGUGAACCCCAA